UACAACAUAACAUGCAGUUCAUAAAACAAUCAUUUAUGUUCUCUUUCAACUGGCAUUCAGAUGCAUGGGGUUAUGUCGCUGCAGGCACUUACAAAAAUUGGGUGAAAUGUUUGUGAGACACGAUCAAACACGGUCGCGUUCAGGAAGUUAAAAUGUGUAUUUAAGGCGCGUGUUUGCGCGGCUGUAGCUUGACACGGAGGCAGGUCGCGCGCAGCAGUCGUUGUAGCGGAGCACAACAGCGCAGCGCAACAGGCAGGAUUGGAGAGCCGUGAGUAAUUUGUGACCCUGAACCUGAUAACGGAGAGUAAACAUGCCGAGGUCAUUUUUGGUGAAGAGCAAACGGGCCCACAGUUAUCACCAACCCCGUUACCUGGAUGACAACUGCAUCCCAAUUGAGAAACUUCUUACAUGCCAAGAAAGUCAAAUGGGGCAGAUCCCCGAGAGCCCGGUGGAGGUGGGCAAUCAUUCCCCUAAGGCCAGCUUGGUGUGCACAGUGGACCAUUCCUCUCAACAGUCCCCGCUGAGCUGCGAGGGCAGUGUGUGUGACCGAUCAUCUGACUAUGAGGACUUCUGGAGACCCCUGUCAUCGGGAACCUCUCCAGAUCUGGAUAAAUACCCUGUGUCUUCUCCAGAUGACUCUCAGCCCUUCAACGUGACUUUCCGUCCGUAUGUUUGGGCCCAUUCAACAUCUGACCUCAGGCACCUCAUUCAAUCUUGCAACCGUGUUUCUGUGGAUUCAGAGGCAUCAGUGGGGGUGUAUGAUGCCAUGGACAGAAGGCCGGGUGCCCAUCUACUCAUUGAACCAACACAAUCUGGGCGAUUUUACCAGGACUAUGGCUCUCUGACCUCUAAUUUGUUGGAUACUAGAGCCUUUUAUGCCGACAUCAAGAUGUCAACUAAAGUAGCAGAAAUUGACUCAGAGUCUGAUAUUAUGUGCACACAACUUCAGUUAAGGGGGUCGUACAAAUGCAUAAAAUGCACUAAGGUGUUUUCGACCCCUCACGGGCUAGAAGUUCAUGUGCGCCGGUCACACAGUGGCACAAGGCCCUUUGCAUGCGAAAUCUGUGGAAAAACAUUCGGCCACGCCGUCAGCCUGGAGCAACAUAAAGCUGUCCAUUCACAAGAAAGGGUCUUCAGCUGCAAAAUCUGCGACAAAAGCUUCAAGAGGUCGUCCACUUUGUCCACACACCUCCUCAUCCACUCUGACACCAGACCGUAUCCCUGUCAGUACUGCGGCAAACGAUUCCACCAAAAAUCGGAUAUGAAAAAACACACGUUCAUUCAUACAGGUGAAAAGCCCCACAAGUGUCAAGUGUGUGGCAAAGCCUUCAGUCAGAGUUCAAACCUCAUCACGCACAGCAGAAAACACACAGGAUUCAAGCCUUUCAGAUGCGAACUUUGUGGCAAAGGCUUUCAGCGCAAAGUAGAUCUGAGGAGACACAAAGAAACACAACAUAGACUAAAAUAAUAAGACAGUAUAAAACGGUAUUUUGUAAAAAGCUGUGAUAUUUUAUCCCUGCAAAGUAUUAAUAAACAAACAAAAGAUCAGUUCUUAUAUUUUUUCUUCAAAAUAUGUAUUAACCAUUUAAAUGGAUUAAAAUUAAAUGCUAAAUAAUAAGAUCAAAAGUACGCCAAAACAAAUUUCAUCAAGUAUAUGUAAACUCAUAUUCUUGUGAUAGUCAAAGUAGCGGCUUGAAAAUUAUCAUUUGAGGUAAUUUAUGUUGUUGAAGAAAAGAUGAAAGUACAAAUCAACCACUACAUCACUUUAACCACAUAUUUUUAAUAAUAAAAAUAUAUUCUGCAAUGUGUAUUGUACUGCAUCUUAAAGUUAAAUAAAUUUUGUUUAGGAAAACAAAAAUUCUGAAGUCAUCAAGAGCAUUACUUUGCAUUUAACAUUCCAGAGUGAAGAAUCCUUCAGACAUUCUGUGAGACAUUAACAGCACCAUUUUAAUUUGAUUUCUUUAUGAUUCUUUCAGUUUUAAAGCAAAUAAAAAAUGGAUAGUUGCAAACUACCAAAUAUCAUUAAUUACUUAAUAAUAAUAUUGAGUAUUGAAAAUGAAAUGAUGCACAGAAUCAUUGCUUUAGGUAAAGGCUUUUAUUAUAAACUCUAAAAAUGUAUGUGUGGUACAUGUGGAGUAACACAGGGUUUGAAGAGCAGCACAAGAUUAUGUAGAUCUUUGUCCUCCAGUUUCAGCUCGCUCAUAAGAGAGGAGAUGUACUCCAAUGAAGACGGACUUGCCAAAUACUCUCUCUGCAAUGGUGACACCAGUUAAUCUGAACAAACAAACAGCUUUUAGCACCAUAGGCAUGUAAACAGAAAUGAAUCAAAAUAAAGGUUAAGAGAACAGCAAAUUAACUGUCCAGAGCAAUCUGAAAUUGUCACCAACCACAAUAAACUUCUACUCCUUUGCGAUUUAAUAAAACAAAUCAAUAUUUAACUUCAGUAGUAUUAAGUACACUACCUGUUAAUUAAAUGAUCUGUUUUGAAGGUAUUGAAAUGAACGAUUCACCAUUAAGUUAAACACACAUAAACUCCUGAAUUUAUGCCACUUUAAAAAGUCAUUCAUCCAUAGUUCCCUUUUAGUCGGUCACUCUCGACAUCACAUCAGAUGACCGCCAAAUUUGGAUCUUGCUUAGAGAGACCAGUCCACUUAGAGUGUAAACUUAAUGAGCCAAUGCACAUUGGCAUGUGAUUAUUACAUCCAGCUGUUGCUUAUUACAGCGUGAGUACAAGUACGCAGCUGGUGCAGCACAUAUUCAGCUUUUCGCUUCGGAGCCAAGUGUUCUGCUCCUGAUGUUCUGCUUCAGUGAAACUAUGAGUUUGAGUACAAGCACGCUCUAAGGAAGCUCUCAUGGUGGUGGUACAAUGUUUCAGCGGUGGUGGUUCUUCCCAUGUCGAGUGGGAUCCACACACCAGGCUGCACUACCCACUGUUUGUGUUGCAGGCGGCCAUCUCCCCUGUGCGCUUCAGCAUACUAAAAGAGCAGUUCUAAAAGAGCAUUCACGGGUGGAACGUCUUUUUAAAAAAAUGUCUUUUCAAAGAUGCCCUUCCAUCCGUGCGUUUCUGGAUGCGGUCGUUACCUGGCAUUAAGCACACUGAGGUGGCUUUCAUGGACGAGUCAUGCUCCCAUUAAGGGAAAUCAGAGACCCGCAAGUUGCGGAGAUGGCCCUUGUUCCCCUGCACCUCAGCCAGUUGGGCCUUCAGGUCAACUGGGAAAAGAGCAAACUCUGCCUGACGCAGAGGAUCUCUUUUAUCGGUAUGGAGUUGGACUCAGUUGAACAGACAGCGCGCCUCAUGCAGGAACGUGCCCAGUCGGUGUUGAACUGCUUGAAUACAUUCAAGAGCAGGAACACUGAAACACUGAAACAGUUUCAGAGGUUCCUGGGGCAUAUGGCAGCAGCAGCGGCAGUCACGCAGCUGGGGCUGCUCCAUAUGAGACAGUGUUAAUUUCGUUAAUGAAGACGAUGACGAAAAAUAUUCAUUAACGAACAUUUUUGCUAGGACUAAGAUGAGACGUUGACAAGCUAAAAAUAAUAUCUGAUGAUGAAAUUAUGACGAAAUUUAUGAUGUGUCUUCGUUAACUAGACGAGACUGGACUAUAAUGUUAUUUGAGGACUACUGGACAUUCAAAAUGCUUCCUAUAGACUAUUGUCCAUUAAAAUGUGCGUCCCUGUUAUUGGAUUGCGAUUGGAUAAGGGGCGUUUGCAUAUCUAGUCAGUAUAG